GCCACAGCGUAGGUAACAGUGCAGGCUCAGAGCGGGAACUGCUCCAACCAAAACAAACUUUAAAAAUGGCGAUCCAUCUGAACUGUAGUGUGAAAACUGUUGAGAAUUUUCCCGAUAAUCAACCUGUUAUACAUUACAUGCCAUGUGAAAUCAAGUCAAAUGGUCCAGCAGGGGUGUCGACAUACUUUAAACCCGUUGAUAAUGAGAAAGAUUCAAAAUUUAAAAAGGCAUCCUUCCGGGGAAGACCACUUCAGGGAGAAGAUAUAUCCCUUCCCUCUGGUUACAGAGGUCUUGUCGUCCAAGAAACCAAGCAGCCACUUGUUGAAAACGUAGAACGUACUAUGCAUGUCUCUCACAUAUUUGACCGCCUUACCUAUUGGAAUUGGGACAAAGUUCCUUCUGCUAAUGACCCAUUCAUCAGCGCCUUGAGUUGGAUUGACAUAUCUGAAGCUCUCCAUUCACCCAUUGAAAGUAUUAGUGAUUAAUGAAGACUAAUUUUGGUGUUUGACCUACCUCUUGUUCAUCAAGUACUUUUGAUGUUUUGUUUUACAUUCUAAGUCAAAUGGUGCAUUUUUUCUGCAUAGCUGAUUCUUUUUGUUUCUCAUCUAAAUUGUCAUGGAUAAUUUCCCUAUGAUUAAAUACUUACGUUUCACCAGU